UUGGAUGGCGGGGAAUUUCCACCAUCCCCAAGACACAAACAGCUUCAUGUGAUCUUUAUUGGAGUUGUAUAGCUACAUUUUUUUAGAAGCAGCAACUGAAUUUAAGCAAAUAAAGGAUUUAGGAGACGGAUAUGACAGAUCGUGCAUCUCAAGUUACUCUAAAGGCCAUUUCUUUACCACCGCUGAAUCCUACAUAGAGAGUUGAUUGAUGUUGUAUCGAAUUGAAAUCAAGCUUUAUAAUUAACCUACAUAGACUUAAUUUAUACGGAGACGACCAGGUUCCUGUAGGCGAAGGGUUAAGACGGGAAUUAGUCAGUCCUGGCUGAUAGAUCAACUUUUGCUGUACUUCUAAUUGCCCAAUCUGAUGAUUUUUACAAGCUGAUAAUCUCCAGUUGAAGAAUCCAUCACAAACAAUAAAAGCUUGAAAAAAAUACAGUACAUUACGGCUACAAUUACUGCAGGAUUCAUGUCAGAGAACCAGUCGAUGUGUGGCUGCUAGCUAAAGAAUAGAUUGCAUCUAAACAACUUGCUGCCUUUUAGCCAUCUCAUUUCUAUCUGGAAAUAUUUAAUUGAGUUGGAUGUCAAAGGUGGAUUAUUAUUGUUUGUGAAUUAUAUAGAAUUUUGAUAACUUUGGACUAAUUUUUUUUUUGGAAUACCUGAAUCAAACCAUAAUUCAAAAUGUUGCAAGUUUUGUUUCAUUCCUUGCCUGGUGGAUUUAAAAUCCCAAUAUCAAUAGUUUCUAUCUUUGUCCUGAAUUUUUAUGGAUGUAAAUCCACACAAUUAUAUAAAAUACAAGGGCAAGAAGCUAACUUGAUUUUCCCAUACCCAUGUGAUAGUACAGAAGUCACAUUACAGCAAUCGGCCAGAGCCCCAUUUUAUCGCUCUACAGAUGGGUCAUCACUGGCAUUGCCUGAUGAUCAGGUCCAUAGAUUCAAAGUGCAGAUAAGAAUUAAAAUUGGAAACUGCUCCCUGGAUCUUACAAUAAGUAAUCUAAUGAGAAGUGAUGAAGGGACAUACCUUUCGACUAUCUACAAGGACGGACAACUACGUGAUGAAUACACAACAAGAAUUGGGCUGCAGGUAGACUAUCCUCCUGGUGAAGCAUCGUGUGUCGCAAGUUAUGAUAAGGGAGGAGACUGGGGUUCAAUAGACUGUACAGCUCAGGUUGGGAGUCUAUCAGGGAAGAUUGAAUGCUAUCAGGAUGGUUUAUGGAUGCCACUCCUCACUGACACCAUUGAAACUCACACAUCAUUGCAACAGACUAUUCUUAUCAGGAAAUCUCUGCCAGUUUUUUGUUGCUCUUCUACUUUGGAUGAAUACAAAUUAAGAUGUGAAUGUAAUGAUACUUGUCUGUAUAAAGCUGAAGGUGAUAGCAAUGACCCUUGUCCUUCUUCAUCAGAAACUACAACAAUGCCUCCUCUUUCCACUCUCACAGAAAACAAUCAAAGUGAUUACUAUUCCACUGUGACGUCCUCCGUUCCACUUCAUACGAGAAAUUGCAACUCCAACAAAUGUGUGAUGAUCCACUUGAUUCUCUUGCCUAUUGAACUUACCUUGCUUUUUUCGGCUUUGUUUUUCCACUAUAAGAUGAAAACAAGGAUCAGAAAUAAUAAAGAUGGUAAAUAUCCUCCCUUGUUUUGUUUGUGUUUUUCUAACAGAUUUUCAAAUAGGGACAAAUAUUAGUGUGAAAGUAAACAACAGUGAUUAGUUUACCAUAAGCUCACCGCACUAUUUACCUUCUUGAAUGUAUUUAUCUGUCAUGGAUUGACUGAUAUAGUCAAGGUGGAAGGGUAUCCAAACUACCAAAGCGGCUGCAAAUGUGAUGCCCAUGGCUACACAAUUUAGCUCAUGCACUAGUAGUAGAUUGUUGCCUAAUUAUCAAUAUUGUAUUAACGUUGUACCACAUAUAGUCCUGUUCUAUACAUGUUGCCCAUUUUACACCUUAAUAGCCUUUAUAACUUUAAUGUACUUGAGUAAUCAGAGCUCAGGCAAAUAAUUGUACACAUUUCCCUCUUGUAUGUAU